AACCUGACAGGCGGGCCACGUCAAGCUUGAACUAAAAGAUUCAGCGCCGGCCAAUGGCACACGAGGAGGAGGCCGCGAGAGAGUAGCGACGACUCCAAUCGAUUCCAGCCCCCCUACGCCUGUCUAUAAUCCCAUUCCCACCUGCUCCAUCAAUCAUUGCCGGAAUCGAUUCGUUCGUUCGUUCUCUCGGGGGAACAAUCCAGAGCCAUAUCCAGACCUACAGCCAAGAUAUGGCGAACAAAAGGAUUCAGAAGGAGCUCAUGGAUUUGCAAAAGGAUCCACCAACAUCAUGCAGCGCUGGGCCUGCUGGGGCGGAUCUAUUCCACUGGCAGGCCACAAUUAUGGGCCCUGGUGACAGCCCCUACUCAGGAGGGGUGUUCUUUGUCAACAUCCAUUUCCCUCCUGAUUACCCCUUUAAGCCUCCAAAAGUGAAUUUCCAAACAAAGGUGUAUCACCCGAACAUCAACUCCAACGGCAGCAUCUGCCUGGACAUCCUCAAGGAGCAGUGGAGCCCGGCGCUGACCAUAUCCAAGGUCCUACUCUCCAUCAGCUCCCUGCUCACCGACCCCAACCCCGACGACCCCCUUGUCCCGGAGAUCGCGCAGCUCUACAAGAACCAGAGAGCCCGCUAUGAGGACACCGCGAGGGCCUGGACCCAGAAGUACGCCAUGGGCUGAUCGCUGCAAAGAUGACCAUGGCAUCGUGUAAGAGAACUUCUGUGUCGUGCCGGUUUCCCGCCCUCUGAGCUUCGACGAUGCCCAAGAGACCCCGUAUCUGGCUUUCUCUGAACCAGUUUUUACUUGUGUACAGUUGUCAAAAUUGGGUAAUGUUUGCAUUUCCGUUUUCUCCAAACUUUGGGUGUACACCCUGUCCCUGAAGACCUGUAUGUAUCAAGACAAAACAUUUUCAAGAAUUUGUGGUGUUUU